UCAGAGUUUUACACAAGAAGAAUCAGAACCCAGCUGUGUGUCCUUUAAAAGUGACGGGUCAAAGAGUCAUUUCAUUGACUUUAAAUCUGGAGCUCCAUCAUCAGAGAGAGUGGACCAGCAGAGUUCAGAGGUUCCCUGUGGUCCGUCUGCCCAGCAGCAUCAAACACAGCUGGACUCCAUAUUUAUGCUGCUGGAGGAAAACAUUGUCCAUUUUGUGAAGAACGAGCUGAAGAAGAUCCAGAAGGUUCUAAGUCCAGAUUACCCAGAAUGCUCAGAGAGUCAGAGAGAGGAUGAUGAGGUGUUGGAAGGCAAUGAUAAAGAGCAGAGGAUGAGCAGCAGAGAGGCAGUAAUGAAGAUCACACUGAACUUCCUGAGGAGGAUGAAGCAGGAGGAGCUGGCUGACCGUCUGCAGAGCAAACAUCUUACUGCAGUUUGUCAACAUCAACUUAAAUCUGGACUGAAGAAGAAGUUCCAGUCUGUGUUUGAGGGGAUUGCUAAAGCAGGAAGUCCAACCCUUCUGAACCAGAUCUACACAGAGCUUUACAUCACAGAGGGAGGCACUGGAGAGGUCAAUGAUGAACAUGAGGUCAGACAGAUUGAAACGGUAUCCAGGAAACCACACAGACCAGAAACAACAAUCAGACAAGAAGACAUCUUUAAAGUCCUACCUGGAAGAGAUCAACCAAUCAGAACAGUGAUGACAAAGGGAGUGGCUGGCAUUGGGAAAACAGUCUUAACACAGAAGUUCACUCUGGACUGGGCUGAAGACAAAGCCCACCAGAACAUCCACUUCAUAUUUCCAUUCACCUUCAGAGAGCUGAAUGUGCUGAAAGAGAAAAAGUUCAGCUUGGUGGAA